AUGGCUCUUCCCAAGCGCAUCAUCAAGGAGACCGAGCGUCUCAUGGCCGAGCCUGUCCCCGGCAUCGAAGCCGUCCCUCACGACGACAACUUGCGCUACUUUGAUGUCAAGAUCCACGGCCCCUCACAAUCUCCCUACGAAGGUGGAAUCUUCAAGCUCGAACUGUUCCUGCCCGACGACUACCCCAUGACUCCUCCCAAGAUCCGCUUCCUCACCAAGAUUUACCACCCCAACAUCGAUCGCCUCGGCAGAAUCUGCUUGGAUGUUUUGAAGAGCAACUGGUCACCUGCCCUACAGAUCCGCACCAUCUUGCUUUCAAUCCAAGCCCUGCUCGGCGCACCCAACCCCGAUGACCCGCUCGCCAACGACGUCGCCCAGAGAUGGAAAGAGGACCAGAACGCCGCUAUCCAGACUGCCAGAGAGUGGACCCAGCAAUAUGCCAAGCCUUGA